AUGUGUCGCAGCCAGGCUGUAUCCGUUCAAGCCAGAGAAGUGGUAGAAUUACAGGCAACAAAGGACGAAGCUUUGUGUGUACUGGAAGUGGACACCCCACGAAAGACUACAAUCGAAGUAGAUGUUGACGUCGAAGGCAGCAGAUUAAACCUUUUGAUCGACACAGGAUCAUCAGUUUCUAUUCUGAAGCGUGAGGACUUUCUUCGGAUGGGUGAGCAUACAACAUCCUUGAGAUCAGCAUCCGUCAAUUUGCUUGACUACUCCCGAAACAAAAUAGAACUUUUGGGCUGCACGGUGAAAAAUGUGCAUUACAACGGUAAAGAAGCCCCAAUCGUUUUCUACGUUGUUGAAAAAGGAACGUCACUUUUGGGCUUAGAUGCUCUUAUGGCUUUACACCUGACCAUCGAGGGAUCCACUUUACAGUGCUUGCAGACCCAAAUAACCACUACAAGCCGUGAGGACAUACAGAAGGAUUUCCCAGAACUUUUCUCUCCUGGGCUGGGUCUGGCUAAGGGAUUUGUGCAUCGUAUCAAAGUUCGUGAGGAUGCAACCCUUGUCAGAGCAAAGUACAGACCAAUGCCAGAAGUAGUCGAGAGUGAAAUUGAUGCUGAGGUACAACGCUUGCUUGACAUGGAUGUCAUUGAACCCGUUGAUGCUCCCGAAUGGGUAUCUAAUGGUGUUGCAGUGCGGAAAAGAAGCGGUUCAAUCCAACUGUGUGUUGACUUGCGCCAGCCAAAUGCUGCAAUUACCGCCGACUGUUUUCCUUUACCAAACAUGGCGAGCAUAGUGGACGAAAUGGCCGGUGCAGUUUACUUCUCCAAACUCGAUUUGAGAUCUGCAUACCACCAGGUGAUGCUUCAUGAAGACAGCAGGAACAUGACAGCAUUUAUCACACGGGGAUGA